AUGAAAUCAUACAGAGCGGGAUUCUUUUGCACUUCUGUAAAAUACAGCCCCUUCCGAAAUUCCCAACUCAUCGUCACCGGAUUCGAAGAACGCCACAAACGUGGCCGUAUCCACAUCCACUAUUCAACUCAAAAGCCAAUCGCAACCUUCGCCACCACAGAUCCCAUCUACGACUGCACCUGGUCCUUAUCCAACCCUGACCUCAUUGUCAUAGCUGCCGGCGCUGGAGCCACCCACCUCAUUGACAUAGCUCUCCCCCACAAUUUCAACCCUCUUGGAUCCUUCUACGGACACUCCGGCAUCACCACCUCCGUCGACUGGAAUCCAUUCGACGGUUCCUUCCUUUCAGCCGGUCAGGACGGAAGUGUAAAGCAUUGGGUUGUUGAUCGACACAGCACCAUCCAAACCUACAGCCACCCUCUGUCUGUCUCAUGUGUUACCUGGAAUCCCCGUUCUCCGACUAGCCAUGCGACUACAUGUAAUGACGGCAAUCUACGAGUCUGGGACAUUCGUGAUAGGAAGGCUGAGAUCAUCAUCAAAGCUGAUGAUUUGCCUAUACUAUCUUGUGACUGGAAUAGCCACGGUGAAACCUGUAUUGCCACAUCCACGGUUUGUAUGACGUAUAUCCAGGUGUGGGACAUUAGGCAGACAUGCUCCCCUGUGAAAGUCCUUGAUGGGGAAGAUAAGGAUGAGAUCUUUAGGGUGAAGUUCUCGACUCAUAGGGAGUACCAGAUUGCCUCGUGCUCGUUUAAUGGGAAGGUGGUUCUGUGGGAUUAUGGGCCGGAGAAUGCGGUUCCAAUAAUAAAGAAGUACGAGCAUCAUACAGGCAAGGUGCGUGGGUUGGAUAUGAGCAAGCGAGUCGAGGGGCUAUUGGUUAGUACCGGAGAAGAUGGACUCGUUCAUGAGUGGCGUCAUGCCCUACCAGAGUCAUGA